AUGAGGCCUGAGAACCAAAGCAGCGUGUCCGAGUUCCUCCUCCUGGGGCUCCCCAGCCGGCCAGAGCAGCGGGGCGUGUUCUUCCUCCUGUUCCUGGGCAUGUACCUGACCACGGUGCUGGGGAACCUGCUCAUCAUCCUGCUCAUCCGGCUGGACGCUCGCCUCCACACCCCCAUGUACUUCUUCCUCAGCCACUUGGCCUUUUCUGACAUUUCCCUGUCUUCUAUCACGGUGCCAAAAAUGCUGAUGGAUAUGCAGGCUCAGCAAGCAUCCAUAUCUUACGUGGGGUGUAUUUCUCAGAUUUAUUUUUUCAUACUCUUUGGCUGCCUUGACAAUUUCCUUCUUGCAGUGAUGGCAUAUGACAGGUAUGUGGCCAUCUGCCAGCCCUUGCACUACAUGAGGCCAGAGAACCAGACCGAUGUGUCCGAGUUCCUCCUCCUGGGGCUCCCCAUCCGGCCAGAGCAGCGGGGCGUGUUCUUCCUCCUGUUCCUGGGCAUGUACCUGACCACGGUGCUGGGGAACCUGCUCAUCAUCCUGCUCAUCCGGCUGGACGCUCGCCUCCACACCCCCAUGUACUUCUUCCUCAGCCACUUGGCCCUCAUUGAUGUCUCCUUUUCAUCUGUCACUGUCCCAAAGAUGCUGAUGAACCUGCAGACCCAACACCUAUCUAUCCCCUAUGAGGGGUGCAUUUCACAGACAUAUUUUUUCAUCUUUUUUGCUGACCUGGACAGUUUCCUUAUCACAUCAAUGGCCUAUGACAGGUAUGUGGCUAUAUGUCACCCUCUACUUUAUACCACCAUCAUGAGACAGAGCCUUUGUGUCAUGCUGGUGGCUGGGUCCUGGGUCAUUGCUUGUGCUUGUGCUCUUUUGCACACCCUCCUCCUGGCCCAGCUUUCCUUCUGUGAUGACCACAUGGUCCCCCACUUCUUCUGUGAUCUUGGUACACUGCUCAAGUUGUCUUGCUCAGACACCUCCCUCAAUCAACUGGUAAUUUUUACAGCAGGACUGACAGCCAUUAUGCUUCCGUUCCUGUGCAUCUUGGUUUCUUAUGGCCAUAUUGGUGUCACCAUCCUCCAAGUUCCCUCCACCAAGGGUAUCUGUAAAGCCUUGUCCACCUGUGGAUCUCACCUCUCCGUGGUGACUCUCUAUUAUGGGGCAAUUAUUGGUCUCUAUUUUCUUCCCUCAUCCAGCAACACCACUGACGAGAACAUAGUUGCUUCAGUGAUAUACACAGUAGUCACUCCCAUGUUAAAUCCCUUCAUUUAUAGUCUGAGAAAUAAAGACAUGAAAGGGGCCUUACAAAAACUCUUGAGUAAAAAAAACAUACUCUUCUAA